CUUUGGUGGCUACCCCUGCAGGCAAGGCGUGGGGCUCCCAUCUGCUGAGAAAGAGCCAUGAAGAAGCGGUGUGUGUUCCUGGCCCUGCUGGCCGUGGUCGUCAUGCUCUUGCUCAUCAUUUGCCUGGGCCUUCUGCUGCCCUCAGCCUCUAAGCCACACAACCAUGUCUACUCCAGGGCGGCCGUGGCUGCAGAUGCCAAGCACUGCUCGGAGAUCGGGAGGGACGUGCUGAGGGAAGGCGGCUCGGCGGUGGAUGCUGCCAUCGCAGCCCUGCUGUGUGUGGGGCUCAUGAACGUCCACAGCAUGGGCAUCGGGGGCGGCCUGUUCCUCACCAUCUACAACAGCACCACACGAAAAGUUGAGAUCAUCAAUGCCCGCGAGGUGGCCCCGGGGCUGGCCUCUGAGAACAUGUUCAACACCUCAGAGCAGUCACAGGAAGGGGGCCUGUCGGUGGCGGUUCCUGGUGAGAUCCGCGGCUAUGAGCUGGCCCACCAGCGGCACGGGCGGCUGCCCUGGGCUCGCCUCUUCCAGCCCAGCAUCCAGCUGGCCCGCCAGGGCUUCGCCGUGGGGAAGGGCUUGGCAGCAGCCCUGGAGAAAAGCCAGGCCGUCAUUGAGCGGCAGCCUGCGCUGUGCGAGGUGUUCUGCCGGGAUGGGAAGGUGCUGCGGGAGGGGGACAGAGUGAUCAUGCCGCGGUUGGCCGACACGUACGAGACGCUGGCCUUGGAGGGAGCCCAGGCCUUCUACAACGGGAGCCUCACAGCCCAGAUUAUCAAGGACAUCCAGGCUGCUGGGGGUAUUAUGACUGCCAAGGACCUGAACAACUACCGUGCCGAGCUGAUAGAGAACCCACUGAACGUCAGCCUUGGGGAUGCCCAUCUCUACGUGCCCAGCGCCCCACUCAGUGGGCCGGUGCUUGCUCUUAUCCUCAACAUCCUCAAGGGGUACAACUUCUCCCGGGCGAGUGUGGAGACACCCGAGCAGAAGGGUCUGACCUACCACCGCAUUGUGGAGGCCUUCCGGUUCGCCUAUGCCAAGAGGACUCUGCUUGGCGACCCCAAGUUUGUCGAUGUGAUGGCGGUGGUCCGCAACAUGAGCUCCGAGUUCUUUGCCGCUCAGCUCCGGGCCCGGAUCUCUGACAACACCACUCACCCGACCUCCUACUAUGAGCCUGAGUUCUACACGCCUGAUGACGGUGGCACUGCUCACCUCUCCGUGGUUGCAGAGGACGGCAGCGCUGUGUCGGCCACCAGCACCAUCAACCUCUACUUUGGUUCCAAGGUACGAUCACGGGUCAGCGGGAUCCUGUUCAAUGAUGAGAUGGAUGACUUCAGCUCCCCCAACAUCACCAACCAGUUUGGGGUGCCCCCCUCACCAGCCAACUUCAUCAAUCCAGGGAAGCAGCCGCUCUCGUCCAUGUGUCCGGCGAUCAUCGUGGGCCAGGAUGGCCAGGUCCGCAUGGUGGUGGGUGCCUCUGGGGGCACACAUAUCACCACGGCCACCGCGCUGGCCAUCAUCCAUAACCUGUGGUUUGGCUACGAUGUGAAACGGGCAGUAGAGGAACCCCGGCUGCACAACCAGCUUCUGCCCAACACCACGACGCUGGAGAGAGGUUUUGACCAGGCGGUGACCGCAGCUCUGGAGACCCGGCACCAUGACACCGAGGUUACGUCCACCUUCCUCGCUGUGGUGCAGGCCAUUGUCCACACGGCCGGUGGCUGGGCAGCUGCCUCAGACUCCAGGAAAGGCGGGGAGCCUGCUGGCUACUGAGUGCUCAGGGCGGGCAAGGCUUACUGGCAACCUAGGGAUGAGAUGCCUGCUGGGGCCAGAGUGGGACCUUGAGGGAUUUGCUUCCCCUGUGAGUGACAAAGCAGUGCAAUAAAUGGGGGUCGCAGCGUGAGGCUCUGGGCAGCCUUGCCGGCCCGGCUCCCAUAUCCCUGGGCC